AUGCCGUCACCUCGAUCGAUGCUGGCCAAGGUUCAGGCUAUCGUGUCGCCGCUGCUGCCAGAGCUGCACAAGGGGCAGGCGGGGCGUGUGGGUGUGCUCGGCGGAUGCCGUGAGUAUACGGGUGCGCCGUACUAUGCAUCCAUGUCCAGCAUGCGGUUAGGUUGUGACAUGUCGUUCACGAUUUGUGCGCCUGAAGCUGCUCAGGCCAUCAAGGGCUAUUCACCUGACCUGAUCGUGCAUCCCGCGCUGGAUGCGAGUAAGAGCAUGGAGGAAGUGCGCGAGGAACUCAAGGCGCUGUUUGCGCGUCUGCAUAGCGUGGUGAUUGGGCCAGGCCUGGGUCGAGACGCCUCGAUGCAAUCGUUUGCCCGUGUCGCGAUCGAAGUAGCGCGCGAGGCAAAUUUGUACUCGGUCAUUGACGCUGAUGGACUGUGGCUCGUACAAAAUGCCCCUGCCGUGGUCCAAGGGUAUCAGCGCGCCAUCCUCACACCCAAUGUCGUUGAGUUCGGUCGUCUGUGCCGUGCGAUGCGCAUUGACGCCGGAGAGCAUGCCGCUAAAGAGCUCAGCGUGGCUUUGGGUGGCCUAACGAUCCUAGAGAAAGGUCGAACAGAUCGCAUAGCAACGCCUCGUGGUGUCGUCGAAUGCGAUCUAGAAGGUGGCUUGAAGCGAUGCGGCGGCCAAGGCGACUUGCUCAGCGGUACGCUCGGCACGUUUCUCGCAUGGGCCAAGCGAUUCGAAGAGCGCAAAGCACAGGGCGAAGCGUUGCCCGACUUCGACCUUGAUGAGCUGCCCAUGCUUGCUGCUUAUGGUGCUUCGUGUGUGACCCGUACUGCGUCUCGCCGAGGAUUCGCACGGCUAGGACGUAGUAUGCUUGCCAACGAUCUCUUGUCUGAGAUUGGACCUGCCUACGGAGAUCUUUUUGUCUAG